CGUCAAGAUAAAGUGAACAGUUUUAUCAGUAACAUUAGGGGGCACGCUACCUCUCCGGGGUUAUCUGGAUGAUUUCGCGUCAGUUUCUGUCACUAGUUGUAAGGCCAGUUGUCGGAGCCAUUUAAAUUGUACGAUUUCCUCGCUCCGGGAAUCAAUCGACUCAUGGUUUGACUGUUCAAGAAGAAAGAUCGAUCUGUCUCGUGUCGCCAGUUUUCCUUGCGUUCGCGCGAGUGUCAAGUUAAUUAGUUAAUUUUGAUCAGUAUUCGCUGCGUAUAAAAACGAUACCAUGGCUGAAUCAAUGAUCUGUAUCGAGGACUUCGAGAAGUACGCUUUAAAGCAUCUGACGCCGUCCGUCAGAGAUUAUUACAAUUCUGGCGCGGGUGAGAUGUUCAGUUUGAAGCUGAACGUGGAAGCUUUUAAAAAGUACAGGAUAAGGCCACGAUUUUUAAGAAAUGUUUCCAAGAGGGAUUUGACCACCACGAUUUUAGGUGAAAGAAUCUCGAUGCCAUUGGGAGUUGCGCCAGCGGCUAUGCAACGUAUGGCACAUCCCGAGGGCGAAUGCGCAAACGCAAGAGCCGCCCAAGAAGCGGGCACGAUCUACAUACUCUCGACGAUAUCAACAAGUAGUAUUGAAGAAGUCGCCGAGGCUGCGCCAGACGCGAUAAAAUGGUUCCAGCUGUACAUAUACAAGGAUCGCAAUGUUACCCUAAAUUUAGUCUCGAGAGCGGAGCGCGCUGGUUUUAAAGCUCUUCUUCUUACUGUCGAUGCACCGCUAUUCGGCGACAGACGUUUAGACAUUAAGAACAAGUUUUCUCUUCCAAGUCAUUUAAGAUUACGAAACUUUGAAGGAGAAUUGUCCAGUAAAAUAAACAAUGCCGAAUCUGGCUCUGGUUUGAACGAAUACGUCACGAAUUUGUUUGACGCCUCCUUGACGUGGAAUGACAUCAAAUGGCUGAAAAGCAUCACGAAGCUGCCGCUCAUUUUAAAAGGAAUUCUCACCCCGCAAGACGCACUGUUAGCCAUCGAAUAUGGAGCAUCGGCGAUUGUUGUUUCAAAUCAUGGCGCUCGGCAAAUUGACACUAUUCCGGCCUCGAUCGAGGCAUUGUCAGAAAUAACAAAAGCUGUAGAUGGUAGAAUAGAGGUCUACAUGGAUGGGGGUGUGAGGCAAGGAAUUGAUGUUUUCAAGGCACUUGCUUUGGGCGCCAAAAUGGUAUUUGUUGGCCGACCAAUGUUGUGGGGUUUGACUUGUGACGGUAAGAAUGGCGCAAGAGCGGUUCUCGAAGUGUUCAGGAAAGAGAUUGAUGUUGCAUUCGCGUUGUCAGGCUGUGCUACUGUCAAUGACGUUACGAGAGACAUGGUUCAACACGAGUCUUAUUACAGCCGUUUAUAACAAAAAGAAGAUGAUGAAGUUAAUUUAAUUGUAACAGGUUCCUUUAAAAAUUAAUGACCACUUCGAUGGACAUUAAGAUUAUCAUUUAAGAUUAUCAUAUUUAUCUUAGAAAUUAUUUCAAAAUUAAAAUAAUCAAUAAUAAUUUUAAGGGCAUUUCAGAAAUGCUCGAGUCUAGAAGUUACUUUGUUAUUAUAAUUUUCCUAGUAGUAAUAUAUAGUUUGAGUAACGUAGUUUAUGCUUACACGUCGAGUUAUUUAAAAACAAAAAAAAAAAAAAAAAAAAAUUGAACAGCGUAUAUAAUAAUAAAAGGUAUACUGUCUCUACAGUUUGAACAUUGAAUGACACUGGAAACGUUUUUCUUCACAAUAUUGGCGUUUUAUUGAAUAUCUCUUGUAUAUUCAUCUUUGUAUACAUAUAUGCGUGUGUGCGGCACACAUAUCACAAUUCACGAAGCGUAUGUACGCGCACACGCAUCCAAAGGUGAUCCGUGGCUUCUUUGCAAACGGAACAAGAUUGACUAUUUUGACGUCGAUAUUACAUACAUAACGCACGAAACAUGCAACAGAGUACUUGCAUCGCUCUCUGUUCAAUUUGCAAAAUACUCACUCUCUUUUUUUUUUUUUUUCUCUUAAUCCAUACCACACCGCAUACCGGAGGGGGGGGGGGGGUAGGAGGAGGAGAGAGGUUUGAAUUCUCUUGGCAAAAAAAUAAAUCCCUCUCUGUCUUUCCGGUAUAUCCUAUCCCCGGUUUAGUAACUCUGGUGCCGUCAUUACAGUCGUAAUUCUUUUGUUUUUUGUAUUUUUUUUUCUGUUUGUUUACUCACAGCUUUACAACGUUACAAUUAAUCGUUACUUGUAUGUAUAUAUUUAUAUUUUUAUUUAUAUAUUUAUAUAUAUAUAUAUGUAUAUGUAUAUUUAUGUAUAUAUGUAUAGUGGCCUCGUUCGCUACAGAUUUUCCUGUUUUGCUGAGUAUGCACGCUGCGACGCUAAAAUUUUUAGUUUAUGUAUACGCAAUGUACACGUGUGUGGUAGUAUAUACACACAUACACGCCUCCUGCCUGUACGCUGUGUGUAUAUAUAUACAUAAUAUACGUUAUAUAUACAUGCAUACACACGAACACUCGCAUUUCCUCACCGAUUUUUGUUUUUUUUUACACGCGGUUGCUUCAACGAAGGAUACACGUUUGCGAUAUUAUUUGCCAAUGCAGAUCCAACUAUAUUACAAAAAUAUAACAACGUGUUUGAUAAUUCGCCGUUAUCUCUACGAUAAUCGUUAUCUCCUAGAUAAGAACGUUUCCCAGAAAUGUGUCACUGUGAUUUCUCAAAACGAAAUCUAUCGGAUU